AUGCGCCUGCAGAGUCGCGUUUUCCGCUGGAGCUCUGCAUCCUUUUCUCCGGUACGAAGUCCUCCACAGGCCGCGUUUCUCCGACGACGGGCUCACUCCCUGUCGCGUGCCCCGUGUCGGUUCAAUGUAGCUUUCCCCGGUGGAGAAAAAAGUGCACCCCUCGCGUCGCGGGCUGCGCUUGGCGAGCUUUGUGUGUCGACUGGCAAGCGUCGGCCCUGCCAGAGAAGCGCGGGAAAUGCGCAGACGGUUUUCUCUUGUCAGGCGGCGGCUGGUUCGCCCGUCGCGUCAGGCGAGCGUCCGAGGGGAUGGCUGUUGAACGGUGGAGGGAGGAGGUUGGGCACGCUGCCCGAAACCCCCUGCGCGCUGAGAGACCUCUCGGUUCCGCUUUUCCGAGACCAGCGCCGAAUGUUUGCUUCCCCCGCCGCGGUCGCAGCCGGAGCGAAGGCAGCUGAAGGGGCGGCAGCUGAAGGGGCGCCUACACCCCCAGUCGCGCUGGCUGAUCUCGACGCAGGGAAGCUGCUGGUCAACAAGAAAAUUGGUUUUCUGCAUCCGCUGCCCGCGAGGGAGCAUCUUGGCUUUGGCCAGUUCUUCACAGACCACAUGAUCGAAGUCGACUGGGACGACCAGCACGGAUGGUAUCCUCCCGUCAUGAAGCCGCUGGGGCCAGUCUCCCUGCAUCCAGGCGUCAGUUCGCUCCACUACGCCAUUUCGGCCUUCGAGGGCCUCAAGGCGUACAAAACCCAAGACGAACGAGUUCUGCUUUUCAGACCGCACGACCACGGGGAGCGGCUGAACCGAUCCUGCGAACGCGUCACCUUGCCUCAAUUCGACGUCGACUCCUUCGUGACGCUCUGCAAGGUCCUCGCCAAAAUGGAUAGCCGAUUCAUCUUCAGCGAACGCGGCGUCUCUCUCUACAUCCGCCCCGUCGUCUUCUCAACAUACCCCGCCCUCGGCGUGUAUCCACCUCGCAUGGCGAAAAUGGUUAUCAUGGCCUGCCCGACUGGAGGAUACUUCUCAAACACUAGCGCGCCUGCGAAUCUUUUCGUCGAGAAGGACCACGCGCGAUCCUGGCCUGGAGGCUCCGGCAGCCACAAGGUCGCUGCGAACUACGCGCCGACGAUUCAGCCAUGCAAGCAGCGCAUGCAGCAAGGCUUUCAACAGCUUUUAUGGACGGUUCCCGAGGGCGACGACUACCUGUGGUGCGAAGGAGGCGCGAUGAGCCUUUUCCUGUUCUGGACGAAUGAACAGGGCGAGAACGAGUUGGCGACUCCUGCCUUGGAGCGUUCGCUUAUCCUGCCUGGCGUCGUCCGAGACACGGUUUUAACUCUUGCGAAGGACUACCCGGGCAUCGUAGUUAGAGAACGAAAAAUCUUAAUGAAGGCUGACUUCGUCAAGGCGUACCGCGAGGGCCGCGUCCACGAAGUAUUCUGCACAGGGACAGGCGCCGUCGUCAAGCCCAUCGGUCUGAUUCAUUUUGAAGGGGAAGACUUCGACUGCGCCCCGAAGGACGCCGAGACGUCGUUGGCGAGGAAGGUGUAUGACGACAUCUCCGACAUCCAUUACGGAGUGGUGCCUCACCACUUCAUGGUCGAAUGCUGA